UUUUCCGUGUGUGAAUACUGUGCUAGAAUGAUAAAACCAUCGUUCCCUCCCAUUUCAUACUGAUAUAAUAAUUGAAACUCCGCAGACUAUAUCUAAUGUAGGUAGGUCUCUCAGUCGGUUCGUUUAUUGGCAUGGUUAUUCUUCUUCGGUCUGCGUGCACAGCAGAGUCAGCGAAAGAGAGUACCACCAUAGGGAGAGAGCGGUUCUGAAGCUGCUAUGAGACCAGGCUGCAAUACAGUUCUGCAAAUUCAGUUGGUCUAUUACAACUAUGGAUGCAUUGUGAGUCAGUGAACUGACAGAGCCUUGUGAGAAACAGAAGCAGACCUUUUGGAAUUUGUCUCUUUGUUCGUCGCCAAUGCAAAAGGAAAUAUGCAGCGAAGCUUUACCUUGGUCUUUGUCAGUUUUUGUGUUGGGUUUUGCUAUGGGUCAAGUUUCCCAAGUAAUAUCAAUAUAGGGGGAUUGUUCCCAAAGGGCUCCCAUGAAAAUGAGGUUUUUCAUUUUGCACUCUCCCAUCACCAGGAUAUCCCCAGACUGGUACCACAGGUGGACAUGGUCGACACCGCAAGUAGCUUUGCUAUGACAUAUGCAUUUUGUUCACAGUUUUCCAAAGGAGUCUACGCCAUCAUCGGACUGUAUGACAGGAAGACCAUGAACAUGCUCAUGUCAUUCUGUGGGGCUCUCCACGUCUGCUUUGUGACACCCAGUUUCCCCAUAGAAACCAACAACCAGUUUGUGAUCCAGCUGAGACCGGAGCUUCAGGAGCCCCUCAUUGCCCUGAUCCAGCACUACAAAUGGACCAAGUUCGUUUACAUGUACAGCUCACAUUCAGGCCUGACAGUACUCCAGAAGAUUCUGGACACUGCAGCAGAGAAGACAUGGCAGGUGACAUCAGUGAACCUGGACAGUGGUAUGGAUCAGACGGCCUUCUUGAAGGUGGUUCAGGACCUAGAGAAGAAGAAGGAGUACAACAUCAUCCUGGACUGUGAGCUGGAGAGACUCAACAUGAUCCUCAACCUGAUCGCUGCUCAGAAGAAAAACCUAAAAAAGUAUCACUACAUAUUGGCAAACCUGGGAUUUUUGGACAUGAACUUCACCGAGUUCCAGAAGAGUGGUGCCAAUAUCACUGGGUUCCAGCUAAUGAACUACUCCGACGAAAAUGUCAGCAAGGCCAUAGAGGAGUGGGUGGACUUUGACAGCAAAGACCUCAAACUACCCAAAGGAAGACUGAAGUACACAGGAGCCCUCACAUACGACGGAGUGAGCGUCAUGGCAACUGCGUUUCAGAACCUUCGGAAGCAGCGUAUUGACAUUUCCCGGCGAGGUAAUGCUGGCGAGUGUCUGGCCAACCCACCAGCUCCCUGGGGCCAGGGUAUCGACAUCCAGAGAGCCCUACAGCAGGUUCGGAUUGAGGGAUUGACUGGACAUGUCCAGUUUAACGAGAAAGGCCAUCGGACCAACUUCACGGUCAGCAUAAUGGAGCUGAGCCCAAGUGGACCACUGAAGGUGGGCUACUGGAAUGAGAAUGAGAACUAUGUGAACACAGCCGUAUACACACCGGUGGUUGAAGAAUUCUUCGGACUGCAAAAUAGGACAUACGUUGUGACCACUAUCCUUGAAUCUCCAUAUGUGAUGCUAAAGAAGAACCACGAGCAGCUGGUGGGGAACGAUAAGUAUGAGGGCUAUUGUGUGGAGCUGGCCGCCGAGAUCGCCAAGCAUGUGGGCUACACCUAUAAGCUAGAGGUCGUAAGCGAUGGCAAGUACGGAGCCAGAGACGCUGAGUCCAAGAUGUGGAACGGGAUGGUGGGCGAGCUGGUUUAUGGGAAAGCGGAUGUGGCAGUAGCCCCGUUGACUAUCACCCUGGUAAGAGAGGAGGUGAUCGACUUCUCCAAGCCCUUCAUGUCCCUGGGCAUCUCCAUCAUGAUCAAGAAGCCUACCAAGUCCAAACCUGGAGUCUUUUCCUUCCUGGAUCCUCUGGCCUACGAGAUCUGGAUGUGCAUUGUGUUUGCUUACAUCGGCGUGAGCGUGGUUCUCUUCCUGGUCAGUCGCUUCAGCCCGUACGAGUGGCAGGGGGACGACUCCGAUGGGGAGGAGGGUCAAGAGCAGCAGCAGAGACAGCAGCACAACCAGCCAUCGUCCUCCAGUCCCAGGAGAGAGCCAGGUCAGUCCCAGUCCCAACAAGGCCAAAACCAGGGCCAAGGACAGGGACAGGGCCAGGGGCAGAACGAGGGGCACACCAAUGAGUUUGGGAUAUUCAACAGCUUGUGGUUCUCUCUGGGCGCCUUCAUGCAGCAGGGCUGUGACAUCUCGCCAAGGUCCCUCUCUGGUCGCAUCGUGGGGGGCGUGUGGUGGUUCUUCACCCUCAUCAUCAUCUCCUCCUACACGGCCAACCUGGCUGCUUUCCUCACAGUGGAGAGGAUGGUGUCGCCCAUAGAGAGUGCUGAGGACCUGGCCAAGCAGACAGAGAUCGCCUAUGGUACCCUAGACGGAGGCUCCACCAAAGAGUUCUUCAGGAGAUCGAAGAUCGCCGUGUUUGAGAAGAUGUGGUCCUACAUGAAGUCUGCCGACCCGUCAGUGUUUGUGAAGACCACAGACGAGGGCGUGGUGCGGGUCAGGAAGUCCAAAGGGAGGUAUGCUUACCUGCUGGAGUCCACCAUGAACGAGUACAUCGAGCAGAGGAAACCAUGUGACACUAUGAAGGUGGGCGGGAACCUGGACUCUAAAGGAUACGGCAUUGCCACGCCCAAGGGAUCAGCACUAAGAAACCCAGUAAACUUGGCAGUGUUAAAACUGAACGAGCAGGGCCUGUUGGACAAAUUGAAAAACAAAUGGUGGUACGACAAGGGCGAAUGCGGCAGCGGGGGAGGUGAUUCCAAGGACAAGACCAGUGCUCUGAGCCUCAGCAAUGUGGCUGGGGUGUUCUACAUCUUGAUUGGUGGGCUGGGGCUGGCUAUGCUCGUGGCCUUGGUCGAGUUCUGUUACAAGUCCAGGAUUGAGUCCAGGAGGAUGAAGCAAAUCAUUGAUGCGGCCAUGCUGAGCUCCACCCUGAGCAGAAUGACCAGGACAGGGAGCGGGGGAGAGAACGGACGGCUGGUCGCCCAUGACUUCCCCAAAGCUGCACAGACUCUCCCCUGCAUGAGCCAGGCGGGCAUGGGCCUGAGCACCACGGGCAUGUGAUCGGGCAGCCUUUCCCCAAACCCCACAAAAAUGAGGAAAGGAAAAAGAGAAGGUGGGAAAGUGUUGCACUGCGGCAUUUCGCUCGACCGCCACUGAACCACUGCCAAGAGGAUUCACUGACUGCUCACGCUGGACUCCUGAAGAUAAAAAAUACCAACAAAAUGACUUGUCUAAAGAGAUUUAUCCGGAUCUCUUCUGCUGCAAUAAAGAGGCUGUCUUGGACUUUGAUCGAGGGCAUAAUUUCGGGGUGUAUCUAAAAAGAGAAGCUCUUCCCCCAACCCAAGAAUAGUGACACUUAUUGCACUAUGCCAAUUCAGUUUGUCUUGUUUAUUUUGAGAUGUCAAUAACAGUCACGUACAGCUAUGUCGUCUGCCUUAUACUGAACAGUGGUUUUGUUCCUUGAGACACAAAGAUCCAAGCAUUUCCAAAUCCAAACAUUUGGCUCACAUCCACUUAGUACACCAUAGAUGCAUACAGUAUACUGAAUAAAAGUAUUGUUGUAUGUUUGCACUGGAAGGACACAUCACAGGACUGGAUGAUUUUGUUUUGUCAUUCUGUUAAUGUCACUCCAUUGAAAUGGAAUGCCUCCUACUUACAGAUGUCCUCUCUAAUUUGCUCAACACCUGACAUGGAGAAAAAUGUGACAUUUUGAAAUGACUAUUUCGAGCUAAGUUUUUGUGCAGACAUGACAUAUUUCCCAACCAUUUUCUCUGUUGUUCAUAAAUGUUUUAAACCACCAGUCUGUAGGCAAUCUAUUAACCUGUCAUUUGAUACCACAGUGAUAUCCUUUAAGUGCAGUGACGUGACGAAUCCAACUAGAUUUCAAACUAAGGUGAAAGGAUUAAACGGAGUACAGAUAGAAGAGAUUAUAAUUUCUACCUGCUAUUUCAUGAUGCAUUUUGCCAUUAAUACUUCAGGGUUGAAGUAUAAGCCAUUGACAAAGAGAUGGAAAUGUUCCACUACCAAUUAGCUGGUAAGUAGAUGGCAGUACAACAUCUAGUGGUUUAACAUCUUUGACAUUAAUGAGAUGAUUAAUAGAGUGGCUUUAGAACUGCAAAUGAGGGGAUGUGAGAGGAUGGCAGAAUUAGCCCACAAAUGAAGGUGUGCCUUUUUAUUUAACUCUACAAAUCCACUAACGUUUCAUUCUUUUAAACCUACUAAAUUAAUUUGUGGAUGGUGAUUUUGAAAUAAGGCAUAUGAUUGAAGACAGUUUCCCACAGCUGAUCCAUAGUACAUCUAAGGUGAGUACCAGUACAUGAAUGGAUUUGUGAUAAACAUUCCCUUUUAAGAACACUCUUAAAAUGGACUCAAAAUACACACUGUAUAUUAUACAUGGUAUUCUACUGUUAAGGGAAAGCAUCUCAUAGUCCACUGAGCAGCCAUCCAUCGUAUCUGUUACUGCUAAUAUUUUACUGUAUGACUUGAGAGUAAUUGUAUUCUAUACAAUUUUCUCCCUAUUUGGCAUCAUCUUUGGCAUAGCACAAUAAAAGGGAGUGUCACAUAACUGAAAAUGUUUUUGUACCUUAAUCAAUUUGUUUAAAAAAAUAUAUAUAAUAAGAUCCACAUUUGUAUGAUAUGAACUAUAUGUGCAGACACCCUGAUGAUAUUGAAAUGGUGUUCCAUUCAGUUGACUAUUGGUUCAGACAGUUUUGUUUUAAUCUAUUUUCAGUCCAAUUCAUUUUGUGCAUUUAUAGUGAGUUCUCAAUGUAUGUUGUCCUUUAAAUACUAUUUUUGGUCUGCCACUACUUUGUUUAAUUUACUUCUAAAAAUGCAAGAAACAGCUACCUUAUGUCUUUGUGUUCACAUUUGUCUCAAGAGAUAGCUUUUAGAAAAGACUAAUCCAAGAUGUGACUUGGAUUUCAAUAGGUGGGGAAAUAAAACUUUGUUUAGUAACAGUGCUCUCAAUAAAAUAACUUUU